CCAAGGCUCAAUCAAUCCACAGCCGCGCCCGUUAACUUCACAUCGCAUUCAAUUGGCAAAACACAAUACGCAAUAUACAACACACAAACAACCCUUACACAUCAACCUUGUGUACGACCUUACUCUCCGAUUAUUUUAUAAAGCAAUUCGUCCAAAAGCAUCCAGUUUUCGACCUGCGAUGCCUCCGCGUUCUUUAUCUCGUGGGCGCGAACGCAUGCGCUCUCUUUCACCUCGUCUGGACAAUUCUCGCUCUCCACCACCCUUGCAUCGGCGAUCUAUAUCACCCCGCCGCUCACGCCCCCCCUCAUAUGAUCGAAAUGGAGGCCGCAGAGCCACCAGGACCAUAUCACGUAGCCCAAGUCCAGAUGUGAAAAGCACAAAGAUCGUGGUUGAGAGGCUCACUAAAAACAUAAAUGAGAACCACCUCAGAGAGCUAUUCGGGAGCUUUGGCGAGAUUAUCGAUAUGGAUAUGCCAAUGAACAGACAAUUCGGUACAAACCGUGGCACUGCUUACCUUCUAUACGCGGUUGAAGCCGACGCUGACCAGGCCAUUGCCCAUAUGCAUGAAGCGCAAUUGGAUGGGGCUGUGAUAAGCGUGUCUAUUGUCAUUCCGAGACGCAAGUUCUCACCAGCACCGCCACUGGCAAGACGGGGCGGCGCAAAUAUUGAACCACGAGCACGAAUGGACGCUCGAGGCCCACCACCACCAAGGCGUCGAUCCCCAAACAGAAAUUACAACAGAGGUGCUCCGUCAGAUACCUAUCGACCACGGUCACUAUCCAGGUCUCGUUCGCCAAGGGCGCGUAGGAGCCAUUCCAAAACCUACUCAUCCAGGUCAAGAUCCCCAAGGAGGGGCGGUGGGAAGCGAGAUAACGAAGACCGUAAUGGGGCUCGGAGGAGAAGUUCGAGUUACAGCAGCUACAGCAGCGAUCGCAGUUGUAGCCGAAGCAGGGCACAGCCGGACAGGGAGAGAAGAUAAAGAUCGUUGGGAGAUGGUACAGCCUCAUUUAACAUAGCGAAGGAGUCCUGGGUCGUAAUUAUGGCAGUUUGGGGGAUUUAUGAUUUUGAUGGCACAUGAAACGAACAAUAACUCACUGGUACAUCCUCCGUGUGUCGUAGUUAGAUAGCUACAUCACCAAAAUUUCAAGGAAGGUCCAAUGGUCAACCCGCCAUUCGUGCCUCCCAACCCGAUGGGACUUUCUGCAUCUUUCAAAGCCGCUUCCUCUUUUUCUCUUUCUCGAG